AUGGCACCGGGGAAGGAGGUCAAGACGGAAGACGUGGAGUUGUCUAAGCGGAAAGCCUCAGACGAAAUCACUCACGAUGCGAAGCGCGUCAAGCCAUCUAUUUCACCAUCGCCCAGCGAGAGCGCGCCGCCGACCGUCAAUCACGAUGCCUUUCCCGUGAAGCCUGCAGUCACCGAAGAGCGAAACGGGGAAAUCUCAUUCUAUGUUGUCAACAACGACGGCGCACCCACCUCCACCAUCAUUCUCACUGGCCUCAAAUGCAUCUUUCAGAAGCAGCUGCCCAAAAUGCCGAAAGACUACAUCGCGCGUCUAGUCUACGACCGGACGCACUUGAGCAUCGCGAUAGUUAAGCGUCCUCCGGAAGGCAGCUAUGCUGAGAGCUCCGGCCUGCCUGGUGAGGUUGUCGGAGGCAUCACAUAUCGUCCUUUCAAGGGUCGCCAAUUUGCCGAGAUUGUCYUCUGUGCUAUCAGCAGCGACCAGCAGGUAAAGGGCUAUGGCGCACACUUAAUGAAUCAUCUGAAAGACUACGUCAAGGCCACGAGCGACGUCAUGUAUUUUCUCACCUACGCCGACAAUUAUGCAAUUGGAUACUUCAAGAAGCAAGGUUUCACCAAGGAGAUCACGCUGGACAGACCAAAAUGGAUGGGAUACAUCAAAGAUUACKAGGGAGGCACCAUCAUGCAAUGUACUAUGCUACCCAAAGUUCGAUACCUUGAGUCGGCCAGGAUGCUACUCAAGCAGAAGGCCGCAGUGCACGCCAAGAUCCGUGCUGUCAGCAAGAGCUAUGAAAUCCAUCAACCGCCUGCGCAGUUCAAGAAGAUCAAACAGGGUCAACCGCUGCCGGAAAUCGAUCCUCUUGCCAUUGAUGCGAUCAAAGCUACCGGUUGGUCUCCCGAUAUGGACGCCCUUGCACGACAGCCGCGAAGAAAUCCAUCCCACAGCUUGCUCCUCGGUCUGCUUUCUGCUCUACAGACCGGCUCAUCUUCUUGGCCGUUCAUGACGCCCGUGAACGGUGAUGAAGUGCACGAUUACUACGAAGUUAUUAAGGAGCCCAUGGACUUGGGUACGAUGGAGCAAAAGCUAGAGAAAGACCAGUACGAGAGUGUCGAGGACUUUAUCAAGGACGUCCUUCUUAUCGUUCGCAAUUGUAAGCGUUACAACGCUGAGACCACCCCGUACGCGAAAGCAGCCAACAAGCUCGAGAAGGAGAUGUGGAAGAAAAUCCGUGAGGUGCCAGAAUGGAGCUACUUAGAGCCUGAAUCCUUCGAGACAACAAAUCGAAAGGCAGAGUAG